AUGUUGGCAGAAGGCAUCCUAACUGGAAUCAUAUACAAAGAAAGAAAACAGAACAUAGAUAAACCCCACAAAUGUCACAGAAAAGAUGAAAGGGAAACCUGGAAAGAUCACCUUAUAGAUACACCAGCAAUUAAAGAUUUUGCUUCAGAAUCUGAGAAGCAGAAUGAGAUCAUUGCAAAAGGUAGCAAAAUUGAAAAUAAUAAAGAGCUUCAAUGGAAAUCUAAAGAAGAGCUACCUGCAAAAGAACAUAAUGCACACGUUAAAGGAACAAUAUCUGAAGCUUUACAUAUACCAGGAAGAGAACAAAUUCAUGAAAACCAGGUGGAUUUGUAUAGAUCCUGGUCAUGCCACAAUAUUUAUCAAAACUAUCCUGACUUACAUAUUGGAGGAGACCAUGUAGGAGGUUAUAUGCGGGAUUCAGGUUGCAUUAUGGACCACAUAAGUGAUGAACUUGUUGAUGGCCCGGUUUUAUUGUCAGGAGAUAUUCUAUUGGGUCAUUCCCCUCAAAAUGAGCCUCUUGAAAAAACAGCUACAAAGUCCUUGAAUGGUGAUGAAGGUGGAGAAAGGAGUAUGACACUCCACAAGCAGCCUCUUUCGAAUUCUGUGCUGAAUAACUACAUGGAUACAAAGGUGGAAGAGCUCUAUAAACAGUUUUUUGAAGAGAACCUGACCAGGUGUGGUUCUGUAACAAACCUCCUGACUUCCAGUUUGAUCAUGAAUAACCUAAAACAGAUAAACCUUCAGAUCUCCCAAGAACAGACUAUAGAAACAUGUAAAGCUAGAGAAGUGCUUUUACAUUCUCUAGCUUUGUUUAGUUUCCGCAAUGCUGCCAGUGGAAACAGCUCUGAAUUUAGCACUCCAAAUUUACAGUUCUCAAACUCACUAAGCAAGAGAAAGAGCUCCCGGGUACAGUUUACAUCAUGA